AUGUAUUGCGUUUUCGUCGUUGUUUUAUUUGUUUCAACAGCAAUCAAUGCCUUCCUAACCGAUAAACAAGGUCUGAUUCUUGUACCAUCUGUUGCGUUUCGAGAUCGUUCAUCAACGAAAUCACCAGCCGAUUGGACUUUAUACAAUCAAGGUUGGUACUAUGAAGAAAACCCAAUUCAAUCAUUUUUAAUGGAAAAAUCUUUGGAACUUGUUGUUCGACAAGAUUUAGAUAGUAACCGUGUUAAAAUGUUUACUGCCGAAGGUAAAGACAAAACCGAUUUAUGCAUCGGCGGUCUCAGUCGACCGAUGUGCGCUAAAACGGACAAAGAUGGCCGUCUUAAAAAUGCGUUCACGAUGACUGAUCAAGAAGUUCAAGCAUUCCGUCGAUCCGAUGAUAGUCGUGGGAAAUUAUUAUUUGAAACAUCGGUAGCAAAUAAAAACAUAAAGGAAACUGGUGAAAUUUUCUUAUGUGACGAUGAAGGCAUAACAUUUAUAAGUGAUAUUGAUGACACAAUUAAAGUCACAGGAGUGACAUCAACGACGCAAACACUUAUUAAUACAUUCAGUGGCAAUUUUAAAGCUGUUGAUGGCAUGGCUGAGAUUUAUCAAUAUUGGCAAGAUCAAUAUAAUGCGACAUUUGCGUAUUUGACAGCGUCGCCUGACCAACUCUAUCCAUUUUUAAGAGAAUUUUUUGAUCGAACAGGAUUUCCAUCGGGCUCAGCACAUAUGAGACAUUUCACAUGGCUUGACGUUAAUUUCAUAACAUUCUUUAUGUCAUCAAGUUAUAUGGCGAAGAAAACGGAAACAUUAAAAAUGUUCUUACAAAAUACACGUAAUCGUAGAUUUGUUUUACUUGGUGAUAUUUUUCAAAAGGAUCCAGAUAUUUACGCAAAUAUUUAUAGUCAAUAUCCGGAUCGUAUUGCUAAAAUUUUCAUUCGAAAAUACGCCGACGACAACGAAGGACAAGAGCGAUUAGAAGCAUUAUUCAACGAUAUACCUCGUGAGAAAUGGGGAACAUUUGAAAAAGGUGCUGAUUUACCUCGAAAUGUAUUGUGA